CCUCUCCACAUGUCCCCUUCCUGCAGCCACCCCCCGGCCCGGGAGAGCUAGGGGGGACACCGAGGAGCUCGCCGAGGCCAGACAGGUUUCAAGGACUCGGUAGCCUUUGGAAGAACCCUCCCACAGCCGGGGAAGGCACCGGGGAGAAGACAGAAGAGAAAAAGAGGAGGCAGGCAGGCAAGGAAGUAGGAAGGCAGGGAAAUUGGCCGGCAGGCACGCAGGAGGGAAGUAGGCGGGCAGGACAAAGGAGCUGCCGCCCCGCUCCUCCUUGCCGGGGCGUGCCAGCGGCGCUUCAGGCCCGAGCCCGGCCCUGGUCCCGCGAGGAUCUGCCCUAGAAUCCGCCCCUGGCGGGGAGCGACCCGGAGCCAUGUGGCAGGUCAGUGCCCGCUGCGUGUGCCGGGCCAGCUCCCGCGCCUGCCAGAGGCGGCUGCCCUGGCCCGGCCCCGCGCCUGCAGCCCCACGGAGCCGCAGCCCCGCGUGGAGCCCCGGGACAGCCCCCGCCCACGGACUCUCCUCCAUGGCCCCCUCCAUCCGCCUGUCGCCCGCCGCCCGCAGCCUCUUCGAUGAGCCGCUGGCCAUCGCUGUGCAGGGGCUCGGCCCGCGGCAGCAGGUCACGCUGCGAACGUCCUUGCGGGACGAGACGGGACAGCUCUUCCAGGCCAGUGCCCGCUACCAGGCGGGGGACGACGGGGAGCUGGACCUCGCCCGCUGUCCUGCGCUGCCGGGAGGCAGCUUCUCCGGCCUGGAGCCCAUGGGGCUGCUCUGGGCUUUGCAGCCCCAGAAGCCUUUCUGGCGGCUGGUGAAGCGGGACGUGCAGAGCCCCUUCCUCCUGCAGCUGGAGGUGUUUGAAGGCCACGGGGAGCUCCCCGGGCGGCUCCUGGCCCAGGCACAGCACGAGCGGGUGUUCCUGCGGGACGGGGUGCGGAGAGUCCCGGUGCGACAGGGAAGGAUCCGGGCGACGCUUUUCCUGCCUCCCGGAAAUGGCCUCUUUCCAGGAAUUAUUGACUUGUAUGGAACUGGAGGAGGACUCCCUGAAUACAGGGCAUGCCUGCUGGCCAACUACGGCUUUGCCGUGCUGGCUCUGGCAUUCUACGGCUAUGAAGAUCUCCCCAAAGAGAUGAAGGAAUUCCACCUGGAAUAUUUUGAGGAAGCUGUAAACUAUAUGUUACAACACGCGCAGGUUAAAGGUCCAGGAAUUGGUUUGCUUGGACACUCGAAGGGGGGUGACCUGUGCAUCUCCAUGGCCUCCUUCCUGAAGGGCAUCGCAGCCACUGCCCUUAUCAACGGCUCAGUGGCAAAUGUGGGUGCAGUGCUCCGCUAUAAGGACAUCACCAUUCCACCCCUUGGUGCCAAUCUAAAACGCAUCAAGGUCAGCAAGUCUGGGAUUGCUGAUAUUAUUGAUGUAUUGAACAACCCACUAGAAGGGCCUGACCAGCAAAGCUUUAUCCCUUUGGAGAAGGCCGAGUGUUGCUUCUUGUUCAUUGUUGGGCAGGAUGAUCACAACUGGAAAAGUGAAUUCUUUGCAGUUGAGGGGAGCAAACGUUUGCAAGCUCAUGGGAAGGAAAAGCCUGAGAUACUCUGUUAUCCUGGAGCAGGGCACUACAUCGAACCUCCCUUUUUCCCGAUGUGUGCAGCUUCAAUGCACCUGCUAUUUGGUAAGCCUGUGAUGUGGGGAGGGGAGCCCAAGGCACACUGCAAGGCACAGAUAGAUGCUUGGCAGCAUAUCCAAGCUUUCUUUCAUAAACACCUCACAGGCAAGCCAUCUGGAACAUCUAGUAAGCUCUGAUAUGAAUUAGGUUACUUUACAGAUGAAGAUGCUGGUGUUUCAAGUUUGUUUUGUUAAAUGGCUCAGAAUGAGAA